AUAAACGGAAAUUUGAAAUACGUGCAGGAGUUUUGUUUUGGUUUCUAUUCCGACAAGUGGAGAUCUGCAGAUAAAACCGAACAAAACAAGUCGAAUAAAAGCAAUAAUUCAAGGAUAAUUCUGUAUUGAUUGGAUAUUUGUUUUCUUCAACUCGGAAACUCCCGCUCGUUAGCGGACGAUCGGCAUGGGGAGAGAUUGGAAAGCGGCCGUCAUCAUAGUUUGGAUCUUUGGAGCACUCGCGGCUGAUGCUGCCGUAAACGAGUCCACACCAAGUCAUUACCGCUAUAGUUAUGGAAAACUCAAUGCCACCCAAGCCCCUUCCCCUCAUCCGACUCUGCCUCCGCCCCGAAGAAGCUCCCAGUUAGAUAGAGAUCACGAGACGCAUCUGAUUCGCAGCUCUAUCAUCUUUGGCCUGGCCAAAGCCGCCAACGAGAGCAAUGUGAAUGGAGUGUGCCACACCCAGCUGCAGCAAGUACAGCGGGGCAUCCUCAGCCAACAGCCGUGGGCCAUGAAAGUGCUCGACGCCUCCGGGACCAAGCCGUCGGGCUUCGUGUUUGGCCAGAAUUACUGGCUAGGAAGCCGGGCAGCCUGCGAAGGGGUUCAGCGUCCGGUGGGUAUCACGCUGUCGAGAAACUACGAGCGGGUGAUGCACUACAGCAUUCUGACCCAGAGCGCCCCCUUCGACAUGGACUACCGGAUGAUCUACCUGCGGCACAGCUCGCCCUGGCAGGUGGAGAUCAAGCUGAUGUCGGAACAGAUCCUUCACAUCGGGCUCUGCCUGCCAAAGGCGUGCGAAUCGGAGGAGGUGAAGCAGCUGGCCAGGGAAUACGUGACGGAUGGUAGCUUCAUCAAGAACGACAUCUUCGACAUGCGACCAGAAGUACUAUAUAUGAAGGAUCUGAAGCUGAGCGAAAGGUUCUUCCAGCGAACGUCCUUCAAGCUGAUGGUGGCUUCGCUUCUGGUCACUGGAGCUCUGACGCUUUGUGCCCAGCAGCUGCGCGUAGCCAAGCGUGGGGAUGAGCCCAGUCCCGGACUGGCGCCAGUAGAGUCAGAGCUGUGGCAGACUCUGGACACAAUGUUGAAGUGGCAGCCCCUGCAGAGUUUCGUAUCGUGCUACGAUGUGCCCACUAACUGGAGGAAGAUCUUUGCCACCAGGGAGAACAGCUCCGGAGAGAUUCCCAUCAUGAAUGGACUGCGUUCGGCGUGCGCCAUCGGGAUACUGAUCUUCCACGUGGUUUGGUACAUGUACUUCACCGUCCACAACAAGGUGGUGCUCCUAUCGUACGCUGAGAAGGCCUUCUUCCAGUACGUCUCCUCGGCCCCCCUCCUGGUGGAUGUUUUUUUCACCAUCAGUGGCUUCCUGCAGACCUACAAUUUCAUGCGGAAUGCCAAGCAAAUGGAGUCAGUGCGUCGCAAUGGCCUAUGGGGCAAUGCCAAGCUCUUUGGCAAACUGCUGUUCCACCGAUACCUGAGGCUGGGCCCCCUCUACCUCAUUCUCAUGGGCAGCGUUGACCUGGCCUUUGCCUACAUCGGAGACGUCUCCCUCUACCACAUCAACGAGCGGUACGAUGAGCUCUGCACGCAGCACUGGUGGAGGAACCUGCUCUUCAUCCAGAACCUCUUCGAUCACCGCGAUCUCUGCGUCAACUGGAGCUGGAGCUUGGCCUGCGACAUGCAGUUUUUCCUAGUGGCGAAUGUCAUUCUCUUUGUCUAUGCCAGACAUCCGAAAGUUGCCAAGCUGUUGACGAUCACUGGACUCCUGGCCACCAUCACCUGGUCCUAUGGCAUUUGCAUGAGCUACAAGUUAGAGUUCUCAUUCGACGCCACCUACGCCACCGGUACCCAGAUCUAUACGAGUCCCUUUGUGCGCGUCCUUCCGUACAUUAUUGGGGCCAUCGCAGCCUGGUGUCUGCUGGAGCGGCGCCUGCAGGUGGAGCUGAGUGAGCAGCAGACGCGCUGGCUCUGGCACUUCGCCUUAAGUGUAUUCAUAUCUAGCAUUUACGCGACUGUCCGGCGGGAUGUGGGACGUCUGCUGACCACCACGCUUUUCGUGCUGGGACGAGGGAUCUUCUCCCUGUCGGUGUGCUGGAUGAUUCUGGGCAGUGCGACGGCCACUGGGGUGUGGUGGUCGCGCAUGCUUGAGGCCAAGUGCUUCCAGCACCUGAAUCGACUCUCGUAUGCCAUUUACCUGAUGAAUCCACUAGUGAUUAGCCUCUUCUAUAGUUUGACCAGUUCCAGCACAGACGCGGACCCCUUCAUGCUGUCCGUGGUCUCCUGCGGCUUCACUCUGAUUGUGUACCUGGUCUCCAUCGUUUUCUCCCUGGCGUUUGAGGUGCCCUACAGCAAUCUGUCGAGCUUGUUGCUGAGGUCCAGCAGCAAGCCAAAAAGCGCAUAAACUGUGAUUAUCUGUUAUUCUUCUAAGUCAUUAAUUAAUAAGAGAUCCUAGUUCAUACGCAAA